AUGGCAUCGAGAGUGCAAGGUGGGGCUGCUGCCAGGCCCUGGUGGCAUAAUCCUGAUCUUGAUAUGCCAGUAGAAGAUAUUGCGACGUUCUACAGAGAUCACACGCAAAAGCUCGCCAAGAUCCAAAAGCAAAAGGAAAAAGAAAAGAAAAAGGAGGCGCGCAAGAAGGCAAGAAAAGCGCGAAAGAAGGCCCGUGGCGAGGAAUCAAGCUCAUCAUCUGAUGAUUCGUCCUCUUCAGGCUCGGAGGACUACGAUUCCGACAUGGAACCUGACGGUCUCGAUUUGUCCAAAGAUCUCCGACCGCUUGCUGCGUACGCAACUCGAAAUGAGAUCAUGGAGAAUGUUUUCAAAAUCGUCAACGAUGAUGUGAUGAUCAAAAUGGUGCCAGAGAAGUUUCGCCACAAGCCGCUCAAAGAAAUAAAAGAACACCUGCAGGAGACUGUGCAGGGAAUGAGCAGGAAACGACUCAACCAUGUUAUUCAACAUGGUGUAGAUAUGGAUUACUCUUCGGGAGAGUCGGAUGUAGAUUCUGAGGAAGAACUAGAAAAAUUGCGUGCCGAACAAAAACGGCGUCAGAAGCUUCUCCAGAAACCGAUCCAAUCUGACGUCGUCGAUUCUACUGAAGAUUUGGUGGUGCCACCGCCAGAGGAGCUGGAGAAAAUGAGUUUAGAAGAUAUUACCGUUUUGCGUGAGAAAAUCAAGAUGAAGGUCCAGCAAGUUCACGAAGAGGAACUUACAAGUCAAGCGAAGAAAAUGGACGAAGACGAGGAAUACGAGUAUCAGUGGGCCGAAGAAAAAGACGCCCGAAAAGAUGAAGAAGAUGAAGAUAUGGGUCCUCCGCCGCCACCACCCGCUAAAGAAGAGUCAUCUUCUGAAGAAGAAAGCGACGAUGAAUCCUCAGAUGAAGAGAUGUCAGAGAUACAACUUAAACUUAGAGCGAAGGCACUGGCCCUGGCAAAGGCGAAAGUUCUCGCCGCCAAAAAAGCAAAGGCGGCGCUUGAAGAAAAGAAAGCUGCCGAAGAAGCAGCUCGACAGGAGAGGCUUCGUCAACUUCAAGAAGACGAUGAUGACUCUGACGUUUCUGUUGAUCGCGAUGAGCCCAUGGAACAGGAUGACAAUCAAGAAAAUCAGCAGCCUGACGAAGAUCCGUCGACCGCGCUUGUUGCUGUUGAGAAAGAGGAAAAAGAACCAGAGGCACCUGAAUUCGAGUACGCCACUGGUGUUGCCCCUGGAAUGGAAGAUGUUACCUACAAAUCAAGAUCUCCUGAAGCGAUCGAGGAGCCCGAGAAAACAACUGAGGAGCUCCAGGAAGAACUUCAAGAUGACUUGAAGGCCAGAGCCCUCAGAUCGAUGAACAAGCGAAAAUAUGAUCGUCUCAAGGCUAAAGCUCAAGCCGUCGAAUCUAGUUCUGAUGAAGAUGACGAAGAUCAGCAAGAAUCGACUGAACAAGCUGCCGACGGUUCCGCGCCGGCGGAACAGGAAAAAGUUGUCUAUCGCUCUGCUUACUCCGACGAGAAAUAA